UCCCUCACAUCGCAUCCCAAGUUCCUCCGCCGCCGCCGCCGCCGCCGCCGCCGCCACCACUCCCAGCCCUCCAUCGAACCACCACCUACCAACCUCCAGCAGCAGCGAUGGCCCCCAAGGCGGAGAAGAAGCCGGCGGCCAAGAAGCCCGUCGAGGAGGAGCCGGCGGCGGAGCCGGCCGCGAAGGCCCCUGCCACGAAGAAGCCCAAGGCCGGGAAGAGCCUUCCGGCGGGGAAAACCGCCUCCAAGGAGGGCGGCGACAAGAAGGGCAAGAAGAAGGCCAAGAAGAGCGUCGAGACCUACAAGAUCUACAUCUUCAAGGUGCUCAAGCAGGUCCACCCCGACAUCGGCAUCUCCUCCAAGGCCAUGUCCAUCAUGAACUCCUUCAUCAACGACAUCUUCGAGAAACUCGCCGGCGAGGCCGCCAAGCUCGCCCGCUACAACAAGAAGCCCACCAUCACCUCCCGGGAGAUCCAGACCUCCGUCCGCCUCGUCCUCCCCGGCGAGCUCGCCAAGCACGCCGUCUCUGAGGGCACCAAGGCUGUCACCAAGUUCACCUCAUCUUAGAUCUGCUUUCUUUGCAGUCCUUAGCAACUGCAGUGUCUGGUGGUAGUUACAUCUGUUUAUCUAGUAGUAGUCUUAUUGCUGAAUGGAAGCUGGUGGUCGUUGUUGGUAUUGUCAUGUGGUUAUGAGAAGUGAAAUAGUAAUGAUGUGGUGUUCUUUCGUGAAA